CUAUCCCUCACACCUCAAACAUUCAUUCACUCAUCCCUUCUUCUCUUCUUUCAACUCAAAGAAAACUCCCAAGUAAUAUUAGAAUCAUGGGUGUUGUCACUUAUAACUAUGAGUCUACCUCUCCAGUCGCCCCUGCCAGGCUUUUCAAAGCUUUUUCUCUUGAAGCUGACAAGGUUUGGCCCAAGGCUGCUCCUCAGGCAGUCAAGAGUGUUGAGGUUGAAGCUAAUCCUGGCCCUGGAAGUAUCGUAAAGAUCAACUUUGCUGAAGGCCUUCCAUUCCAAUAUAUGAAGCACCAGAUUGGAGGACAUGACGACAAGAAUUUGUCAUACAGUUAUAGUUUGAUCGAAGGUGGACCUUUGGGGGACAAGCUUGAGAAAAUCAGCUAUGACAACAAGUUUGAGGCAGCUGCAGGUGGAGGAAGCCUUUGCAAGAGCUCCAUGAAAUUUUACACUGUUGGCGACUAUGUGAUCACUGAAGAUGAAAUCAAGGCUCAAAUCAAAGGGAGUGAAGGAGUUUACAAGGCUGUUGAAGCUUACCUCUUGGCUAACCCCGAUGCCUGCAACUAAGAUAUAUGUUGGUUGCUUUGAAUUCUCUUGCUUGAUUUUAAAGAAUGGUGUGCUUUUGGUAUUUUCCUUUUUACUCUUAAAACUUAAACCGUCUUCCGGUUGUCUUAAUAAAAAUGGCGGUGGUGAUUGAUCUUUGAUCAUCUUUGUUCUUUGAUAUAUGAUGAAAUAAAAUAAAUAUAUAAACUAGGAAAAAAUUUACCUAGUAUAUAUUUUAUAGUUUACAUGAAA